AGUGCACAGUCAACAAGUGUCGAUCAAAUUGUGACGGAUACCGUAAACAAAAUUUGGCAAUUGUUCAUUGAAGUUGCGUUAUUCUUCUAAGGGUUCUGUUCUUUUAUUCAUUAUUAUUAUUAUUAUUUUUAAUUCAAGACGGGAACACUUUUUCUGCAAAGUUUGUGUCCUCCAUGACAGCCGUAGAACUGCCGGAUGUCAGCACCGGUGGAGGAACACAGAGGCGUAGCAUAGGUUUGUUGUUUGAAUAUUUUUUAGAAGAAAAGAAAAUAGUACUAAUAGGUGUCAUUGUGUGAAACACAUGAUUGAUCUGAUGGCUUAGAAAGACUGAAAGGUAGCUUUCGCAAACACUUCUCCUUAUUCUCGUGCGGAAACUGUUUCCUUUAUUAGUCUCUUUCUUCACUCCACACUUUCUCAAACAACACUUUCACUCUUCCAACACGAUCACAACCUUCAACCAACACCAUCAUCAUCAACACAUUCUCAGAUGGCUUUGCAAACAGCUACUCCUCCAACUACUCCCAGUGCGGAAAUGGUUGGUAAUGCAUUUGUUGAGCAGUAUUAUCAUAUUCUUCACCAAUCUCCAGAAUUAGUCUAUCGGUUUUACCAGGAGUCUAGUGUCAUUAGCCGACCUGAUUCCAAUGGUGUGAUGACAUCAGUCACAACUAUGAAAGGCAUCAACGAGAAGAUUCUUUCACUAAAUUACAAGGAAUUUAAAGCAGAAAUAAAGACUGCAGAUGCUCAAAAGUCGCACAAGGACGGAGUUACUGUGCUGGUGACUGGAUGCUUGACUGGAAAGGAUAACUUGAGAAGAAAAUUCGCACAGUCAUUCUUCCUCGCUCCACAAGAUAACGGCUUUUUUGUUCUGAAUGAUGUUUUUAGGUAUGUAGAAGACCGUGAACCGUUGGAACCACAUACAGUUAAUGGAGUUGAUGAUGCAAUUGCUGUUAUUGUAACCUCAGAACCAGAACCGAUUCACAUUGCUGAUCCUUCUCCACCGGACCCUGCAAAUUCUCACAAAGAACGCCAAAUUGUUGCUGAGAAUGCUUAUGAGCCUUCUAACCAUCAUGAGACACAGAUAGUUGCUGAAAACGAAGACAUCGUAGAACCUGACUUUCAGUCAAAUGAGAAUGAUGAUUCUCAGGCAGCUGAAAUCACUUCUUCAUCUCAAGAGGAUGCUCCAAAGAAGUCUUAUGCAUCAAUUGUUAAAGUCCCAAAAGGGAAAUUGGCACCAGCUAAAGUGUAUGUGCCAACUAAUACUGUAAAGAAGGCGACUAACAGAACUGAGAGCCAAGUAGUUGAGUCAGUAAAAGCUGCGCCAGUGCCUGAAUCAGCACCGGAUAGUGUUGGCAACCCUGAAAGUAAUGAUAGUAACGACGAAGUUGAGGGACACUCCAUCUACAUUCGAAAUUUGCCCUUAAAUGUGACGGUUGCUCAGUUGGAAACAGAGUUUAAGAAAUUUGGACCAAUCAAGCCAGGAGGCAUCCAAGUCAGAAAUAAUAAGCAGCAGGGAUACUGUUUUGGCUUUGUUGAAUACUUAUCACUAAAUUCAAUGAAUAAUGCAAUUCAGGCUUCACCUAUUGCUAUUGGGGGGCGUCAAGCUGUAAUCGAGAUAAAGAGAACCACUGCCCGAGUUGGAAGUGGCACAGGCGGCGGUAUUGGAAGAGGUAGGAUUCCAUCAGGAAGACCUGGAUUCCGAAAUGAUUCAUUCAGAGGUCGUGGCAAUUUCAGUGGUGGUCGAGGCUAUGGUCGAAACAACGACCACGGAAAUCGAGGCGAGUUUUCAAUUAGGGGGCGUGGUCCUGGUGGACAUGCAGAGAGUUAUCACCAAGGAAGAGGGAGAGGCGGUGGCCGAUCUAAUGCAUUUAAACAAAGUGCCGUCCCUUCCGAAUGAUUUUUCGGUGGUUUUUUAAGGCCAUUUUUGGUAGGUUGCAAACAUUGACGGAGUCUUCAAAAUUUUCUUGCCAUCUUCAACCUUGAAAGGCUUCUGAUGUUAUUUUCACUGCAUUUGCACAGUUGUAGUAUUUCUAGUUGUUAUUUGCCAUGAUCUUAGUGGUUUUUAGCAAUGAUCAGGAAUAGGUUAUAGACUCUCUUUAAUUUUAAGAUUAAAACAAAUUACAUGUCUGUUUUUGAUAUUAGAUUAACUGUUGUUUGUUAUUCUUUUUUGUUUCUAUGAUAUGUUUAUUUAUAAAGGAUUAUAUUCAUUUAAUUUAUAUUUUUCA